CGAGUAGAUACGAAAUAGCGGCCGCAGUCGCGAAGGCUCGCUGCUCACGGUGAGAUCGUGGUACGUCGGGAUCGUCAACGGAGAACGGUGUCGAUCGUGAUCGAUCGAUCGAUCGUUGUCGGUGGUGAACGCGGCGAUUCCCAACGUGACAAGAAGAACGAACGGAAAGACACGCCACACGUGAGAAUACAUCGUUCAGGAUCAGAACACGAAAAAGACAGAUAGAUAGACAGAUAGAUAGAGAGAAAGAGAGAAAGAGAGAGCGAGAGAGAGAGAGAGAGAGAGAGAGAGACUGGUGAUCUCGUUUUUUAUCGAUCGAUUGUCCUCAAAGAUUCGCAACAUCGAUCGAUGGUCGCAUUCACGACGAUCGAUUCAACGCGCGGGAAAUAAAAGACCGCGUAAACUGCCGGUACGAUUCUGCGCAAUGACAACGUCUUAUCCGCGCACAAACUAUUAAUAUUUCUAACAAAUUGCAUGUAUGAAUUUGAAGAAAGUAAGUGGUAAUUGGUUUGAAUUUAAUUGGAGACUGAGUGACAUUGAGUGAUCAAGUUUGAUCGUUGAUGUAAUAUAUUAUCAAAGUAAGGUUAAGCGGAUGUUUGUCACUUGGUACGAGAUAGAAUAACUCAAAGUGCACGAGGAGUGUGUCUGAAAGAACCACAGUGGUGAUUUAGUAGUGAGAAACGACGAGUCUCGAAAGAAAUGCUGAUACGUUCUGUUGGUGGAUCUACAUAGUUGCGGCAAGAUUGGAAGAGUAACUGGGAACAAAGAGAGAUGGAGAAUCCUUAAGAGAUCCAGGUGGUUUCGCCGCAGGCAGCCGCGAGAGAUGUGGUCACGCACGCGAUUCUUGCUCCUGGCGUGGAUGAUCUCGUUGCUGGCUGGCGUACGGCUCAGCAACGGGUCGCAGAGGCCGCGUCUCGGCGGCGCCGUCAACAUCUUCAGCCGUUACGGUUACCUCAGCAUCAGCAUGAGAGUGGUCCCCAGAAACGACACCGAUACUUGGAUCUUCCGAGAACCGACCCUAGAUGUUUUCAGGAAUCCAACCCCCAUAACGACCAAACAACGCCAACAGGCAGCGGUGUUCGAUGGAGACUUUCAUAUGGAGUUCUGCGAUAAUGUUCGUCAACUUCUGCAAGCUUACUUCCGGGACUUCACGUUUGAACGACUGGAAAGGCCAUGGCGAGCGUUUAGCGCCAGCUGGUCCAAGGCGGCCAUUGCUCGUCAUUUGGGCAUCAACUCGUCGUUCAUCACCGGUGAACAUUGUUACGUGCUGGUACGCGUUGCCAGGUUCCGUGAGAAUCAGAAAUUGGCUGUUACAGCAGACUCGAUGAUUCUGGACGAGGCUGUUCUCCGGGAAACAGAAAACGUCACUGUUGGAGAUACUGCCAGCGUGGUUCGGUUCAUCAAGCACUUCGGAUCGCACUAUAUUGCUGCUUAUGUCACUGGCAAUUCCUUGUAUCAGGUGUUCGUGUAUACUCAACAAGCAUAUCUACGUAUCAAAGAGCGGCUAAAGACUCGUGGUGUAGCAGAUUUAUCGAAUAUCGAGUUGAGCAAUUAUUUUUCGCCGUGGUACGCGGAGCACAUGGGCUCGAUACAAGCAGCGAGCGGAAACCGCACCGUCGAGGCUUGGGCGGUAGAACGGCUUCGAAACCAAUACUACAUUUUCUCGUAUGCCAGCUUGCUGAAAUUACACGGUGAUGCGAUGUUGCUAAAGCAAUUGGACGGUUUGUUGGAGAACGAAGCGUUGCUACAGCUUCAACUGAAGACGCUCGCGCCGAUCUUCAAAGAUCCUCAACGACGUGAGUGGUUCCUCGAGGUGAUCGACAAUUACUUUAAGUUAUGGGAGGUGAACAUGUGAAGUAGAACGAGACAUGUCCCGAAAGGAGAACAUUGAUACACCUCCGUUUUACUUACGUAAAAUUACGUAUCGGUAUGAUCUGUACGUGGAAGACCACGCGUUUACGCGUACGUAUUUAAUUUAGAAGACGUCGGCCGAUGACUUCGACGUGAAACGAUCAUUCGUCGUUGUGAAACGAUUCCUAGUGCUCGAAGAGUCGUUAGUCACGGUCCGCUGGAAGUUCACUAUUGUUUCUCCGUCAAACGGAUGCUAGGUUUUCAUAGAGAAACGCCCAACUACUAUAUUAUUAUUAAAUAAGUAUUUAUUAUAUUAUAAUCGAUAAUAGAAAACAUUUUUAUACAAACGUUUUAAAUAUAUAUGUACAUCACAAGCAAUUUUCGUAAAAGUGACUGAAAAAUGCGCGACGUUCUGCUUCCAUGUUUGUCGUUUCGCUUUUGAUACCGGUUUAAUAAAUUUAUGUUGCAUUCCCGUUUAAGCUCUUCAAGGGCGUAGCGACAAACGCAGAAACAGAACUCGUGACCUUUUUUCUUCUUUCUCGCGUUGAUUUUCUUCUCGAGCGUGUUCGAACUUUCAUAAAUCGAUGUUUUUAAAAAUAAAUCUACGCAUUGUGUAUUUUAUAAUACGUUCUAUCCUUACGAACUUAUGGACGUUACCGUUUCUUUUUUUUUUAAUCGAAAUGAAUCGAUAUGAGUAUUCAAGUAUAAAAGAAUGAUUAGUUUGUAUGUUUCGUACAAACAAGCAAAAGUUAUUUUAUUGGCACGAUGGAACGACUGAUGAAUAGAACUUAUAGAAAAAGUCAGUUUAUUUGAUCUUGUUAAGCAUUAAAUGUUAUUAUAUCUUAUUUUUAUGCUUGCUUAUCUUUUGUCUUUCCUCUUAAAGAACUACAACAAUAAACGUAAAUAAUUCAUUAAAAAAUUCCAGAACGUUUAAAUGUUUUUUAAAAGAAAAUUAUUUGAUUAAAGAUUAAAACUACACCUAGGUGUAUUGUGAAAAUUAAUAUUUUUAUACUAAAUUCGAUUAUAUAUUCUAUAUUCUGGAACUGACUUUUGAGCUGACGAAAGAAACUUGAAGAAUGCGUACUCACCUGUUCUUAUAAAAUUUUGUAGAUACACUAUAUGUAAAAGUUUCUAUUGCUUAUUAAAUCGCAUCCAGGAGUGCGAUUAAAAUUCUACAAGAUACAAUCAUUUAAAUGAACUGCGUUUUAUUAUGUAUAUACAAAAUUUUAUAUAAAUCGAUGAAUUCGGAUUCUUCAAGCUUCUCUGCGAAUUAACAUAUUACAAACAAAAUAUAACGAUACUUAUGAACGAAGUUCUGUGUAAAAAGACAGGUUUCUUUUUUAAAUUUCAUCGUUUCUAACUCGCAUGACAUUCUUCUAAGGAAAUGCGCAACAAUUGUAAGUGGAUUGACCUAUCUCCAGAAAUAUUGACUGUGGUAAGAUUAUUCAAUUCUAUUCAUAUACUAUAUUAAUACUUAGAUUCAAAAUUCGAAUAUCACAAUGUCUAUUAACAGUGAUAUUGAUUUAAAGUCGAGAUAAAAGGAAAUCUCAUCACUAGCUACGUUUCGCUAUAAAUUCGUGAACGAACAUUUGUGCAUUAAGUUCAAUCGGUCUUUUUAAAAGUGUGCAAUUUUGCAGAUGCUUGUUGCUCUCUACCUAAUUUUCUUCCAUUAACAACCAAUAUAACUGGAGUUUCGACGCGUAUAGAUUUGAAGUCAAAAUCCUGAAAAAGUAUAUAGUUGUAUAACCGUUAAUUUUAAAAGAAGCAUAUAUAUCAGUACAAUAAUACUAACGUUAUUGAGAUAAGAAAACUUAUGAUGAAUCACACAUGGUUCAGGUAUAGCAACAGAAUCUCCUACGGUUACUCCACGACCUUUAGCAAGAUUGUAUACUGUUACAGCAAUACACAUUUUUUCUUCGUCCACAAGACAAAACGCGCUAAAAUAUUGGAUACGUACUUGUUAAUCAUGAUCAUAAAUUACAAUCCUUGUUUUGUUGUAAUUAAAGUAAGGAAACUGAAAAACAGACUUACAAAGGUACACAAUCGGUGUCUUGUAUCCAACAUACUACUUUCCCAAAUAUAACUUUUUCUGGAUUUAACCCGAGGACUAGGUCUUUAAGUAAUACUAAAUCUAAUUUUACAGUCUUUUGGCCAGAUGUGAAAGAGCCACCUUUGUAUGGUCCCAAAUGUUUAACAUCCAAUGCCUACAUUUAAUCAGAAACCUAUAAAUAUGUAUAGGUACCAGCAUCAUGUAUUAAGUUUAUAGAAUCUUAUAAAAUGAAACACAUCUUGAAAU